AUGUUGUCCCAAGGAACGGUGUGGGACCAGUGCAUCGUCCAGAAGGAUGAUGCACAUGCAUCAUUGUACACGGAGUCCGCAGCCGGUUCAUGUCAGAUGGCCUACUCAGAGGGUUCAACUGCACGAAUAGGGUUCCCUCGCGACCGAAAAGGUCGCCCACCUCCCUGCCAAUUUUUGAAGGACCUGCAAAGGUUAACAUGA